AGUUCAUAAGGUUUUGUUGCUCAUCCUUACUGGCAAUGAAUACACAACCGUCGUCAUUUUAUGCUGCACUUUUCAAAUCUAUGGUUCCACUGGGGGUUGAACUGAGGUCCGUCUUCAUAUAAAGCAGACGUGAUCUACACUACAUAAUCAGUUGCUUAAAGGUACAAGUUGAAUGUGCAUACAUAUUGUAGGAUAGUGUUAACUAAUGAGGGGAAAAAAUGCCAGAAGGUAAGGUGCUCAUGAGGUAAUACUACUCACUCUUACUGGUCAUAAACACAAGCGUGUGUGAUUUAUGUUUUGUUUCACAAGCCAUAUGGUACCACUGGGGGUCGAACCCAGGAUCUUCUGCGUGUAAAGCAGACGUGAUAACCACUACACUAUGGAACCACUUGCUUAAAGCUACUGUUUGAAUAUCUAUACAUUUUUCUGUUAAUUAAUGAGGGAAACUCUUAAAACAUUACAAGGCUAAGUAGUUUAUAAGGUUUUGUUGCUCAGCCUCACUGGCAAUGAACACACAAUCUUAAGCCAAGUUGACACUUUUCAACAUCUGUAGAUCACUGUGCGGGAGGCAUGAAGUUGUUAUGGUGUUCACGCUAUGUUAUUGCUCGUGACAUGGGGUCACACAUUACACGAUCUGUCACCUGAUGACUCUAUCUGGUGUCCAAACUGCAUUUUGUCACAAAAAUGCAUAUUAUUAUUAUUAUUAUUAUUGUUGUUGUUUUUUUUUUGUUUUCUUUUUUUUAUCUGUCCCUGAGAGUUAAGGACACCAAUUUUUGUUGUUGUUUUGUUUUUGUUUUAUAGUUUGUCACUUCUGGGAAAACAUGUAUUAUUAUUAUUAUUAUUAUUAUUAUUAUUAUUAUUAUUAAUCCUGUACCUGUGUUCUUUAUUAAAUCCUCUAUCAACACCUUUACAAGACCAUUUAUUUUGAAAUCCUGAUGAGUGAAAACUAGUUCCCUCUCUGUAAAAUGAGCCAUUCAUUAACAAAACGUCGUCUUUUUGUUGGGGUAGAAUAUUUCUGCGUAAGAAAAGCGCGUUUGGUUAUUUUCAAACUACGAUGAAUAUCUUCAAUUGUCACACAUGUUGCUUUUUCAAAAAAAAAAAAAACAAUUAUAAUAAGAAACUUUGAAAAGACUUUUAGUUUGAAAUCCUGUCCAGAGUUCACGGAAGACUACCGUUUCCUGUCUGAAAAAUGAACCAUUCAUUAACAAGUGUCAAGACAUGUCGCCGGCUGUGUUUGUUAAUACAUAGUUCCUGUUUGUUUUUGUGGUUUAAGUUAUUUGGACAGGUGAAUUUGCUGUAGAGUUUUGAUGUUACAAUCUUUUAUUGUAAAUGAUUUUUACACUCCUCCUUUAACACAACAGGCUAGCUAGUCAUGAUACCUCAAAGUAAGGGCUUACUCGUGCGGAUAUCUUUCUACUGGAAGCCGCUUUUUUCAGGGAAAUAUCUGAUAGUGACUAACAUUAUUAGUAGUGGAGGCAUGCUUGCUCUUGGAGACUGCAUUCAGCAGACCAGAGAGAAGAGACGGACACCGACUAAGACCCAUGAUUGGCCGCGCACAGGGCGCAUGUUUGCAGUUGGAUGUACCAUGGGACCGUUUCUGCACUACUGGUAUCAGUGGUUGGACAGGGUUUAUUCGGGAAAAAUCGUAAAGACUGUUGCCAAGAAAGUCUUGAUAGACCAGCUUGUUGCCUCACCCAUAUUUGGCGCAUGGUAUUUCAUAGGUAUGGGCGUGAUGGAGGGUCACGGGUGGCGCAAAGGCUGCACUGAGUUUAAAGAGAAAUUCUGGGAGUUCUAUAGGGCGGACUGGUGUUUCUGGCCGACUGCACAGAUUAUCAACUUCUACUUCUUACCAGCAAAGUUUCGGGUGUUGUAUGUAAAUACAAUUACACUGGGAUGGGACACCUACCUCUCAUAUCUCAAGCACAGGGAAAGCCAACCAAUGGACGAAUUGGGGCCAGAGGACUCAUCGAUGUCUCCUCCUUCAGCUACACCACUGGAUGAUAAACUAUAGUCCCACACCAGUUAUUACUUAACUCUUUCACUACUUAGACAUAUAACUGACUUAAUCAGUUACUCAGAUCAAUCAUUUGAAUCAGUGUGGCAGCUAAAUGAGUUCAUACACCUGUACUGAACCUUAUCAGGUGUCCUAAAAACAUGUCUAGACGUUCACAUUCUCAUUAGUGAAGGGAAUUCUAGUUGUUUUCAGUGUCAUUUGGCGCUACUCACCAAUAAUAUACAUUCACUGGCCACUUUAUUAGGAACUUACUACUAGUGGGUAGAACUCCCUUUGCUCUAAGGCCUAAGGUCUUCACUUUGCACGAUAUGUUGGAAACAUUCCUUUGAGAUUCUGGUCCAUGUUGACAUGAUUGCAUCAUAUAAUUGGUGCAGAUUUUUCAGGUGCACAUUCAUGCUAGGAAUCUCCCAUUCUACCACAUCCAAAAAAGGUGUUUCACUGGACUCAGAUCUGCUGACUGGGGAGUCCACUGAAGCACAACAAUUUUAUGGUCAUGUUCCUGAAACCAGUUUGAGGCUACUUUUGCUUUGUGACAUGAUGCAUUAUCAUACUGGAAGCAGCCAUUAAAAAAUGGGUAUAUUGUAUCCAUGAAGGUAUGCACAUUGUCAGCAGCAAUACUCGGGCUGUGGCAUUCAAAUGAUUGUUAUUAAGGGGCCCAAUGUGUUUUAAGAAAACAUUCCCAACAAAAUUACACCACCAGCAGCCUAAACUGUUAACAGAAGGCAGGUUGCAUCCAUAGAUUCAUGUUGUUGGCACCAAAUUCUGACCCUACCAUCUACAUCUUGCGUUAGAAAUUAAGAUUCUCAGUCCAGUUUCGGUGAGUCUGUACCCACUGUACCUUCAUAUUCCUGUUCUUGACUGACAGGAGUGGAAGCUGAUGUGGUCUUCUGCAUUUGUAGCUCAUCCACAUCAAGGUUCAACAUGUUAUGCAUUCUGAGAUGCUUUUCUUUUCAUCACGGUUGUAAACAGUGAUAAUUUGAGAUACUGUAGCCUUCCUGUCAAUUCGAACCAAUGUCUGACCUUUCUCAGUAACAAGGUAUUUCAAGCCGUGAGAACUGCCACUCCUUCGUUUUUGUACCAUUAGGUGGAAACACUAGAGACUGUUGUGUGUGAAAGCUCGAGAGGCUGUUAGGUUUCAUUAGUAAAAUAGAUUUUAACUUAAAUAAGCAGUACAGUGUUCCAGGUCCAGUGUGGGGCUGUGAUGUCAUGUAUUGUUAUAUGUCUAAAUUGUAACUUAGGAUCAAACUGGAUGUGGCUGAAGUGCAGUUUUGUUACAGUGUUCUAAGGAAUUUUAUUCAACUAACUGUAACACUCCAUUACUGCCAAAUGUUUCAGUGAUUUGUGCAAAUCUUUGCUACUCUGCAUUUCUGAUAAUUAUACAUUUAUUACAAAUGACAACAACAGCUGUACUGUUAGUGUUAAAUACUAUUUUUGAAUAGUAUAUUUUUGAAAUUGAAUAAUAUUUUUGAAAAUGACUACGUUUACAUGGACAGCAAUAAUCUAAUUAUUGACCUUAAUCUAAGUAAGGUAAUAAUGUGAUUAAGGUGUUUACGAGUCGCUUUUAGAAUACUCCUGUCAUGUACCCGUUCUACAUGUUACUGAUCAUAAUUAGAUUAACAGCCCGCGUCAUUAUGUCACCGCGCCACGCCGUCCGACAUCCCUCCAGAAUUUCACGUAUCAACAUACAGUUCGUCUUCGUUAUGGUACCGUAUACAGUUUUGGGUGUUUUUAUUUAAAUUUUUUACGAACGCUUCAAGUGCGGUUAAUUAUUAGUCAUGCUAUACGUGCAAAUAGACGACUGCUUGAAGCCGUGGGCUGCGUCUCAAAUCGCAUACUUACCUACUGUAUAGUAGCCGAGAUGCAUGUAUUUUUCCCCACUACAGGCCUAUAGUAGGUAAGCAUGCAGUUUGGGACACAGCCGAACUCUCUUUUUCGCCGUAAAACGUAAAACUGCCGUGUGUGAUCGUGUCCUGUCUCAAAAUGCGGUGAAAACUCACACAACGUUCAUAAUGUGAUUAAGGUGUUUACAUGUCUGUAAUACACGUCCAUAAUACGAUUAAAACAGGAGUAAUCCACCUGUCUUAAUUCGAUUAGAGUUUAAUUAGAUUAUGACCAUAAUUAGAUUAAGGUUGCUGUUUACAUGGUAGUUUCUUAAUCAAAUUAUGGUCUUAAUUAGAUUAAGAGUGGAUUAUUGUUGUCCAUGUAAACGCAGUCAAUGAUUUUUUUGUUUGCUUUGAUUUGACUCCUUUGCCUUAAUUUCUUGCAGACCUACUGUUUUACAAACAUCUGUGCUGCUGUUGCAGUUGUUGUGAGAGGAUAUAGACUGGCUGUCCAAUUCAUGAAGAACACAUUUACAACUCCACUUCAUGCAAUUAUCCAAUCAGCCAAUCAUGUGUCAGCAGCACAAGGCAGAAAAUCAUGCCGAUACAGAUCAUGAACUUCAGUUAACUUUCACAUCAUACAUCAGAAUGGGGGAAACAUGAGAUUAGGGUCUGGCGAGUUGCGCAUUCUGAGAUGCUUUUCUACUCACCAUGGUUGUAAAGAGUGGUUGUUUGAGUGAGUGUAGCCUUCUUGUCAGCUCGAACCAAUCCGGCCAUUCUCCUCAAACCUCUCUCAUUAUUAAGGUUAUUCUGCCCUUUGAACUGCUGCUCAAUGGAUCACCAUUCUCAGUCAAAUCUAGAUACUGUUGUGCAUGAAAAUCCCAGGAGAUCAGCUGUUAAAGAAAUACUCAUCUGGUACUAACAACCAUGCCAUGGUCAAAAUCACAGAGAUCACAUUUUUCCCUCCAUACUGAUGGUUGAUAUGAACAUGUCUGAAGCUUUUGACUUGUAUCAGCAUGAUUUUAUGCAUUACAAUGCUGCUACCACAUGAUUGGCUGAUUAGAUAACUGCAUGAAUGCGUGCAGGUUUUCCUAAUAAAGUGGGUGGUGUAAAUGCUUUGUGCAUUGAUUUUUUUUUUUUGUCACUGAAAGACUUUUUACCCUCCUCUCUUUAUCACAUGUUGGGAAUUAAGUGUAUUAUUAUUAUUAUUAUUAUUAUUAUUAUUAUUAUUAUUAUUAUAUUUUUCCCCCGCUUGUGAUGGGUGGCUGGCUGCUGUUCUUGCUGUUUACUGUAAUUGUUUCAGCUCAGUAAUGGAAACAUGCUAUGUAUGUACAAUAUAUAAACUGACAGAUAUCUGUCCUGUACUGUUAUGUACAAAGUUAUCCAAAUAGUAUUUACUAGAGAUGCACCAAUACUAAAUUUCUCAGCCGAUACCAAUAACCGAUUAUUCAGAGUGAUAUCGGCCGAUACCGAUAACCGAUUAUUCGGAGUGAUAUCGGCCGAUACCGAUAGUUCUGCCUUUUAUACCUUCUUUUAAAUUAGUAAUAAUUAAUUCCACAAUUCUGAAAAAAAUGCAAAUAAAAACUUUAUUCCCUUUAUUUCAACAAGUUGUUUCACAGUAACUGGUCUCAUAAACAGAAAACACAUUACUCUAACAUUAACACACGAACUAAAUUCUGAAGAUUAAAGUAAGAUUUCUUCACUUAUUGAAUGUUAUUAAUUCAUAUUAACAUUGACUGAAUUCUAAAAAAACAAACAAACAAACAAAAACCCUCCUGUUAGUCUCACAUUCACUCACCACAUACAAAAGCAUUUCUACUUCAUCAUUGACAUCAAGCUGGUAAUAUGUAAUAUCAACUUUUUAUAUAUUAACAUUAACUGAAUUCUAAAAACCUGUUAGUCUCACAUUCACUCUCCACAAACAAAAGCAUUUUUACUUCUUCAUUGAACAUCAAACUGGAAAUAUAAAAUAUCAACUUUUUUUGAUGAUAUUAACUCAUUAACAUUAACUGGAUAUGAAAUACACUACUCUACAAAUAUAUUUUUUUGUACGAAAUAUAUAUACUUUUUUGUCAACUCUUUGUCAACAUAUUUAAAUCUUUCAGCGGUGUUCUGCCGCUUUAAUUCAGCUCGAGCAGCGCGGAAGAAAAAAAAUGGACUCGACGCCGAAACUCCCGCUUCACUGCUGCAGCAUCCGGUGUAAAAUUUUAGCAGUGCAGAGAUUACAAACUACAGUUUUAUCUUCAUUCCACACAAGAAAUAUCAUCUUUACACACAGCACCAAAUCAUGUGUUUUCCCGCCUUCUUUUGAGUGACAGGAUAUAAUCGUCACUGAUCAUCAGAUGUUUUUAAACUAUUGGCUGAUACAUCAGUGCAUCUCUAGUAUUUACCAUUACAUUAGUUCAGCUCUGAUGUAUCAUAUGUGUUUAAAGUGGUCUACAGUAAUAAUUUAAAAAAAAAAAAAAAAAAGCAGGGGGGGGGGGCAGUUGAUUUAAAAAAAAAAUUAUUGCUAUUUUUUUAUUUCACAGAGUUUAAAGCUAAGCUUUAACAGAUAUUUUACAGAUCUG